AUGAAGUUCUCCUCAAUUAUCGCCGCAGCUUUUGCCAGCUCUCCAGCCCUGGCUGUCCCAGCUGGUUUCGUCACCACCGAUGGCACAAAGUUCUCUCUCGACGGAAAAGACUUCUUUUUCGCUGGCACUAACGCUUACUUCCUUCCGUUCAACAUCUGGGGAACAGACCAUUACAAGGAUGUCAAGCUCGGUCUUGAAGCUGCUAAGGAUGCUGGCCUGAAGGUUGUCCGUACCUGGGCUUUUCAUGACAACAACAGGACCUUCUCGGAGGGCGGACUGCCACAGUAUAACACUGGUGCAGAGGACACUGUUUUCCAGUGGUUUGAGAAGGAUGGAAGUGUCAAGAUUGAUCUGAGCAAGCUUGAUGUGGUUGUUGAAGCUGCCGAAGCUACUAACAUGAAGCUUAUCUUGGCUCUCACCAACAACUGGGCUGAUUAUGGUGGUAUGGACGUGUACACUGUCAACCUCGGUGGUAAAUACCACGACGAUUUCUACCGUCUCCCCGCUAUCAAAAAGGCUUUCAAGAACUACAUCAAAACCGUCGUCAACCGCUACAAGGACUCACCCGCAGUUAUGGCUUGGGAAGUCGCCAACGAACCCCGCUGCGGUGCUGAUGGUACCCGAAACCUUCCUCGAGGCCCUGACUGCACCCCCAAGACAAUCACCUCUUGGGUUGAUGAGAUGAGCACCUACAUCAAGUCCCUCGACGCAGACCAUCUCGUCACCACCGGAAGCGAAGGUGGCUUUAACCGUAAGUCAGAUGACUGGACCUACAACGGCGCCGACGGAAACGAUUUCGACGCCGAGCUUAAGCUCCCCAACAUUGACUUCAACACAUUCCACUCCUACCCUCAAUAUUGGAGCAAGACCGCCGAUUGGGUUGUUCAGUGGAUCAAGGACCAUGAUGCAGCUGGUAAGACCGCUGGAAAGCCGGUUAUCCACGAGGAAUACGGCUGGCAAGACAAGUCAACCCGGGUUAGCGUCAUCAGCAAAUGGCAGAAGGCUUCCCUGGACUUGGAGAUGAGUGACUUGUACUGGCAGUUUGGAUUCGCCGGCUUCUCGUAUGGCAAGAACCACGAUGAUGGAAACACGAUUUAUCUCGAGGACGAUGAGGCUCAGCCUCUGGUGUAUGAGCACGCUGCCCGCGUCAAUGGUGGGGAAACCACGCCAAAGCCGACUGCUACUACUACUGGAUCAACUCCCCCCAAGCCAACUAUUACUGAGGGACCCAAGGUCGGUAGAUAUGGACAGUGUGGUGGUUCUUCUUGGACUGGACCUACCGCUUGCCAAACUCAGGCAUCGCGGAUCCCAGUCAUCUUCCGCUUUCAGUUCGAGAGCUUUGCAUGUACUCCCAGUAUCGUCCUUCCAGUCCCAUGCAAGGACCCCGAAACCCGUACCAAGUCGUAUGCCGGAGCAUAA